UAAUUUCAUAAUGUAAAAGAUCGCAACGAGGUUAAGCAGAAUGUUGCGAUUAAUGGUGAUACUACUUUUUGGCUGUAGCUGGCUGCCAAAUGCAGCAUUGGCCAACGAUUUGCUCGAGCUAGGCUGCCACAACGAUACCGAUUGCCAGCAAUACGAACAUGCCAAAUGCCAUGACUCGCAUUGCCAAUGCACCGCCUCCGCCGAGGGCAACGAACAUGUAACCUGCAAGCCCAAGGAACUCAAGUACAGUAACAUCAUCGGUGGAGCCUGCACAAAGGAACACACAUGCACCCAGCCGUUUACCGUAUGCGAACACUUAACCGAACAAUGCUACUGUGGCGAAGGUUACAUGCCCAGCGAAGAUAAACGACGCUGCAUACCACAAGCCGUGGCACUCGACGAUGCAUGUGAGUUGACGAAGCAAUGCCAGGCCAAGGAUAGAGCGGCCGUGUGCCACCCGUCACAGAAGAGUUGCAUGUGCAAGGAACACUUUGAUAAGCAUGAGCAACGUUGUGUCGCUUUAUUGGAUGUCAGCUGUCGCAACGAUACCGUGUGCAGUGCCCUCGAUGCCAUUUGCCUGCCCAAGCUGGAGAAGUGCGCCUGCAUCGCUGGACACGUUCACAACCCCAACAUGACCAUGUGCUUGCCUGGCGUUGCUUAUGGCCACAAUUGCACCACCAACGCCCAAUGCAAACUGACGCUGGGCAACGGUGCCGCCUGUACCAACAACACCUGCCUCUGCAGUGCCAAGCAUUAUACCAAGAUCAGCAGUGAAAAUGACACGAUUUGUGCACCAGAUGUUGCCUAUGGUGCUUAUUGUCGCCGCCAAGAGGAUUGCCAGGAGUCCGCUGAACCCUUGCAGCUAGAGUGCAAAUGGGGCGAAUGCAUGUGCCGGGAUACGUAUCAGGUGGUGGACAAUGCUCAUUGUGUGCUGGAGGUGACAGCAACUGCUUCUCAGCUAUGUCAAUAUCAUUUGCUCGCUUUGCUCCAAAUCUUUUGGCUUAUUUAUUAAAACAGAAAAAAAAAACACUUUUGGAUAAUUGUGUAUACAAAUGCAAAUGAAAAUAUAUGUAU